AUGCAUCUAGAGAGUGCCUCGGGUGGGGUCUCAUCGAGUAUUGCCCCCGUGCCCGCCGAUGGAGAGUGGGCGGAACAAGUCAGAAUCAAGGACGAGCUGAUCUCUACGUUGAGACGGCAGCUAACGGCGCUGGGGGAGCAACCGAUUGAAGAGGUUGUAACCCUAGAGGAGGCCAAGAAGCGUUUACGAGAGGCUAUUGACGCCCUGAUGGCCGGGGACGCGUCUGCCGAAAUGGAGCUCGCACUGGAAAAGUGGGACAAGUAUGUCACCAACCAUCCCGAUCACAUCAAAGAGCAGGCCGCCGAAGAGCAGGCAUGGGAAGCAGCAAACGAGCCAAAAAACAACGAGGCACUCCAUCUUAUGAAGACUUUCGUUCCGCCCGAUAUCUUUCACGCUGGCCUUGACGGUCUCCGGGGAGGGGGGCUGACGCCGGCGCUCGCAAAGAGGAUGUUCGAUCGCAAGGUUCUCUGGCUCAUUCGGGCGCCAAUUGGAAUGGUGUCAAAAACUCACGUGGUGGAGUUGAAGAGCAAAUACCUGGCCAACGACCUAGAUGUCGUAGAGAGUCGGGCCCUACAUGCAUGCCUGCCAUCGACGUUCGAAAACGACGCCGACGGGGCGAAAACGGCGUGGCGAGCCGGCUUUCGCAAGCGACUGAAAGAGUUGUUGGACAAGGAAGCAGCAGGACAGCUCAAGCCGGCCGAACUUAGGCGCCCCGUGUACAAGGACAUAGAAAAAGGGCCGUUCGACCCCGACGCAGCCGCCGAAGAGCAAGAAACCAUGCGCAGCAGCGCGUUUGAUGCGUCGGAGAAGCCGGUUGUGGGUGGAAAGCUUAAGGCGUCCGCGAUAGCCGUCAUAGGCGAUGGACUAGGGGCGAAACUGAAGACUGGGCCACCCCCGCUAGACCCCAUCAGCGACACGAAGGACGGCUCUGCAGACGUUGAUGGGAUGACCAGGUCAGCCCCAAACUCGCCAGCUUCAAAGUAUCGACGACAAAGCUACGCACUCUCGAGAGGCCAGCCGACCACUUGCUCGAUGAAGAACAUGAUGAGUGAGCUGGGAAACCGCAUCUCCCACAGAAGACAAAGCCAACGGCGGAGGUCGUCAUUCAAUGGAGUUCACGACGUAUCUCAGAUGCUUCGAGUCGCUUUCGAUGACCCUAUUGCGGAGGACGGACGGCUACGGCGGAGCGUGGAUGAAGCAAGCUCGCAGGGAUCGGAUUAUGAUGCGGCGAUCGAGCCAACAAUUGAUCCUGCGCCGCUGCCGUCGACUCAGCCCUCCCAAGCCGGGAUGGCGGUGCCACCGUCCGAUCCAAAGUCGAGCGUCGACACCAAGAAGACGAGCCCGAAUCCUGGUGGACAGAGCGCCCCUCCGAGCAUGAAGGACAUGAUGGCCGAGCUCGCGGCCAAGGCGAACGCGCGCGAGGGACGGUCUGCUUCACCUUUGCAGGAAGGCAAUGCUGGGGCAGGUAACAACGUUGGGGUGGAUUCUCCGAUUGUUCCGCAAUCGAUACCGCAGCCACCCGCCACUCCACCACCCGAUCCAAAGUCGAGCGUUGACACCAAGAAGACGAGCCCGAAUCCUGGUGGGAAGAGCACCCCUCCGAGCAUGAAGGACAUGAUGGCCGAGCUCGCAGCCAAGGCGAAGGCGCGCGAGGAUCGGUCUGCUUCACCUUUUUUAGAGGACGGAAAUGCUGGGGCAGGUAACAACGUUGGGGCGGAUUCUCCGAUUGUUCCGCAAUCGAUACCGCAGCCACCCGCCACUCCACCACCCGAUCCAAAGUCGAGCGUCGACACCAAGAAGACGAGCCCGAAUCCUGGUGGGAAGAGCACCCCUCCGAGCAUGAAGGACAUGAUGGCCGAGCUCGCAGCUAAGGCGAAGGCUCGCGAGGAACGGUCAGCGUAA